UAUUGAUAUCCAUUAAUAGAUUGAGUUCCUUAUGGAUAUUAACCAAUGACUGCCUAUUGACACAUUUUAUUUUCACAUAUGCUUCUCUGGCAACAUCAUACACUAGAAGACUAUUUCUAAAAUUUUAAUGUACAAGGAAUUAUUUGGGAUUAAAAAUACAAAUGUCUGGGCUCCAACCUAAUAGAUUCUUAUUUAGCCAUCUUGUGUGGGCACUAGAAUCUGGGAUGUUAGCCAAUCCCCUCAUAUAAUUCGUGUAUAGGUGGUUUCUGAGAUGCACUCUGAGAUGCACUCAGAUCACUCUGAAAAAUACUCCAGUAGAGUCGUGUAGUAAUUAAAAAGAACCUAAGGGCUUUGUUUAUAUUCAUAAAUAUAUAUAUCAGAACAUGUAUAUUAAGCAAAGAAAUAAGGCUCUUUCUAAUGUAGGUUUUUGUUUAAGCCAAGAGAUUUAUAUUAUUUCUGAAUGUAGGAUUUGUUUUUGCUUUUAGAAUCGAUAACUUUAAAAGUGUUUCAGUGAUUUGGGAUGAUAGCAAUUUUACCUAAGAUUUGUACAUGCAUGAUGAACAUUAUUAAUAAAACUGGUUGGUGAACAGGACGAUAAUCUAUUGGUAGGUUUUUUAAUGCUUUCCAUAUUUUAGAGUAACGAUGGCAACGAACAUUAAGAGUAUAAAUGACUUCCAAGGACAUGUCAUAAGAUUUUCUGUUUCCUAUGUAAGUCAGGCCCAGUUUGUAUUUUUUAGGUACUUUAAGAAGUUAAUAAACACACACACAUACCUAUUCCUCUCAGCUUCAAAUCCUGGUAUGUUCUUAUAGGCUGACAUUUUAAUUUUUCUUAGAAUUCAUCCUGUUGCAAGGUUUUAGUAGAAAACAUCUUUCUUUUCUUACCUUAGACAUGAGUAAUCAGGAAGUGAUUUAUUCAACUCCGGGAUUUCUUCAGUCUCCUUCGGAGUCACAGCGUAGAUUAAGGCCUGGUGGUACUAAAGGCCCAGGGAAACUGAUGACAAAGGAGUUUUCAGCGCCCUGGCGUCUCAUUGCAAUAACUCUGGGGGUCUUCUGUUUGCUUCUGUUGAUGACAGUCGCCGUGUUGGGAACAAAGAUUUUCCAGUAUAUUCAAGAAAAACAUCACCAGGAGGACAUGCUACGAAACCUGAGUCAAAAUCACCACAUUAUGCAAAAUGACAGCUACUUAAAGGAGCAGAAAAAGGAACUGGAUUCAUCCUUUAUAAAAAAGAGCGAAUGUCAUAGAAAAAAUGAGAUCUCUUCAGAAUCUUUGCAAAACAUGGGCAAACUCUAUGAAGAAAAAUGGACCUGCUGUGGAGUAACCUGUUAUUAUUUUACCACUGAACAUAAAACCUGGAAGGACUGCCAGCAGAUUUGCCAAAAUUACGGAUCAUCCCUUCUGAAGAUAGAUGAUAAAGAUGAACUGGUUUUCAUUCAAUCCCAGGCUUAUCACAAUACUUACUGGAUUGGAUUAGCAUAUGAUAAUAUGGAAAAUAAAUGGAAAUGGGUCAACAGUAGCACAUCGUCUGGAUUUAAUUUUACAAUAAUGAGCUUACCUUCUCGGAGAGGAAAUUGUGCAUUUUUAACCUCAACAAGAAUAACAGAUAUCAGAUGCUCUAACACCUACAACUGUAUCUGUGAGAAGAGAGUGGAUUGUAUUUUCCCUAAUUCAUUAUGAAUGAAGACGAAUGUAAAAAUGGAAUUUUGUCAUUUUUUUGUUUGCUUCCUAUAAAAACUUAGAUUAUUUACAAAUAAAUGUUUUUUGACUUGCAGGGCUUACUCCAUUGUAGAAAGAAAUAGAGAUGAUCUGAAAGAGUCAAAUGCCCAUAGGUGAAUGAAUGACACUUGUGGUAUAUCCAUACAAUGGAAUGCUACUCAGUUAAAAAAAGGAAUGAACUACAGACAAACGAACCAACAGAAAACAUGGAUGAAUUCCAAAAUGAUGUUGAACAAAAGAAGCUAGGUACAAAAGAGUACAUGAUGUAUGCUUUUCUUUAUAUGAAAUUCUAGAAUAAGCAAAACUAAUUCAUAGUGACAGAGAGGAGAUAAUUGACU